AUGGCUGAAUCAUUGCCGCUUGAAACUCUUCGCCAGAUAUUCUCUGACCUGCAAGAUAAUCUUGCACCAUAUGCUUCUGUCUGCCGGAAAUGGCAGGUUGCCGCUGAGCAACUCACCUUCGCCGAUUUACAUAUCAAUUCGGCAGACCUUGAGGACUUCAGUCAGAUUGUUCUUUCCUCCCAUUCCGUCAGUCGAUGUUUCCAUGUGAGGCGUCUCUAUUUUAAAGUUAUUAUCCCAGAAUAUACUGUCGCCGCCCGGGGUCACUAUGAAAACCGAAAUGAUCGCGAUGGCAACAGCAAGGUCUUCACGCAGGCCAUAACAUCUCUCUUUGAAAUUAUGAGCUCAUGGCCUGAUGCCGAUCGCCACCAGAUGUCACUGCAGAUUUACGCCAGGUCUCCUAGUGAUUGGGAGGCGGAGAAGGACUGGACUAUACGACGUAUCCGGGCACAACGAUGCUAUGCUUUCCCAAAUCAGGAGCUGCUACACCGGCGGUAUCAACGUUCCUAUCUGCAGCUGUCGGAGGUAACUCUACCCAACGUCAAAUGUAUUACUUCAUUGAGGGUAUUGGGAUAUGGCAGAUACCGCAAUAUUGCACCAGGAUCUGUAUCUGAGAUGGUAGCACGUCUUCCACGACUGGAUACCAUCAAUGCUGAGCUCCGCGACAGAGAGAGAAAAGAUGCUGCAGCGUCUGAUGAUGUUGGUGAUUUCCCUAGUGCUAGUUGGCCUUCGUCCCUGCGGCAUUUACGACUAGAGUGUGAGGCAAGCCAACACUAUAGCGCGAAGUUCGCCCCUCUAGCAAACCCAGCCCCGAAAUCUAUGUGUCUUGCUUUGCACCGAUUGACUCAGCAGUUAAAAACUGUUGAAUUGUCACAAAUCAUGAUCGACCCUGAAUUCUUCUGGCCGAUCGAUGCCAACGGCACCACUCCAUCCUGGCCAAAUCUUAUCAAAAUUGACAUAAACUACAGAUAUGCAGAUAACUUGCUCUAUGGUCCCCUUCGGACCUUGAAACAAGAUACCUCUAGAGUUUCACGGGAUGACUCUGUGGAACCACGCGAUGACCAAGAACAAAUUUCGUCCGGUAGACUGCUGAGCAAACAACUGGAUGAAUUGUAUCUCGCUGCUGGACGCGCUGCACAAUACAUGCCUCGGCUAAAUUCCAUGGAUCUUGAUAUUAUCAUAUCCAACUUAUCGGCAAGCCAGCAUUAUUUCAGAUACGAUGCAACUUUGGGCACAGCAACAUGGACGAGGUCUUCGGAUUACUGCACCACAAAUGAAGUUCAAGAAGCAUGGGACGUUGCGGCAAGGGGUCAUGGACAUGCUCAGAUAUCUACCGAGUUUCGUUCUACUGGGGAUUCUGCCAAAAAACAGCCUGUCAACUUCCUCGAAGGCCUAGAAUCGAACAACCCAACCACAAAGCGUGUGGGAUCAGAUCCGCGCAUCCUGGUUGAGCCUAACUUCUACUACGACCAGGAGGACUAUUUGCAGGGCUUGGCGAAGAAGCAUCAAAUCGGCUGGAGCACAAUCCGACCGUCGCACAUUGCCGGGGCAGUCCCAGAUGCUGCCAAGAACUUGUGCUGCCUCUUGGCCAUUUAUGCCACAGUUCGAAAAUAUCUCAACCAAUCUCUGGAAUACCUAAGUGACAUCGAGGCGUGGGAGGCAAACAUGCCCAUCUCAAGCGCCCGGGCGAAUGGAUACCUCGCGGAGUGGAUCAUACUGACCGAGCGGGUCGAAAACGAGAGUUUCAACGUGUCCAAUGACCGCUUCUUCACACGGGGCAAGUUCUGGGCGGAGCUGGCUGAGCGUUUCCGGAUGCCUUGGAAGGGUCCUGAUGCGACAACGCCUCCUAUGAGACCAUGA